AUGGGAGCUGCAAGCAAAGUCCUGGUGGGUGAAUGCUCGGACAUAUCCACGUGUCCCACGGGAAUGGCGGAUGGCGCAGGCGGCUCCGGCGGAAAGUCCUCCGUGUCCACGCCGAACUGGGAGAAGAUCGUCUGUAGUUGCCGGAAUCAAACGAAUGUGCGGAAAGACAUGUCACGUAGAUCGACUCCUUACUUCCUACACAUUCGUAUAAAGGUGGAGACUGACCUGUAA